AUGAGGCGCAGGCAAAAGCGGCUUCUGCAAGCGGCCGGCUUAAUCCUCCUCACUGUCCUGUUCGUGCACAACACCGGGCUCUGGUCUCUUUACAAAGGGAAGCAGUUCGUCAGCCCGGCUGAAGCCGUACAGGGUUUACCAAUCAAGGUGAGACAAAACGCCAUUUUCACUGGAACGGCGCUGAGGAAGAAAGAUUGGCAUGACAAUGAAGGAAUCCGAGCAGAUGCAGCAAAAUCGGGAUUUGGUGAACAAGGGAAACCCGUCCCAAUGUCUGAUGAAGAUCGAUCUGAUAAAGCAUAUAUCGAAAAUGGUUUCAACAUCUAUGUCAGUGACAAAAUCUCUCUGAAUCGGAGCCUCCCAGACAUUCGGCAUCCAAACUGCAAAAACAAAUUGUAUAUGGAGAAACUUCCAAAUUGCAGUAUCAUUAUACCAUUCCACAAUGAAGGUUGGUCAACGCUCCUUCGAACUGUGCACAGUAUCCUUAAUCGCUCACCUCCACAACUUAUUGCAGAAAUCAUACUUGUAGAUGACUUCAGUGACAAAGAACAUUUGAAAAAGCGCCUGGAAGAAUAUAUGGCACGAUUUCCGAAGGUCAGGAUUUUGCGAACUAAGAAGCGAGAAGGUUUGAUUCGUACGCGGCUACUGGGGGCCUCAAUGGCAACUGCAGAGGUCAUAACUUUCUUGGACUCUCAUUGUGAAGCUAAUGUGAAUUGGCUGCCUCCAUUGCUUGACAGAAUUGCUCAGAGCCGCAAAACAAUUGUGUGCCCUAUGAUCGAUGUCGUUCACCACGACCAUUUUGGAUAUAGCACUCAGUCUGGUGAUGCCAUGCGAGGAGCAUUUGACUGGGAGAUGUAUUAUAAACGGAUUCCCAUUCCACCAGAACUACGUAAACCUGAUCCAAGUGAUCCCUUUGAAUCACCUGUCAUGGCUGGCGGUUUGUUUGCUGUUGACAGGAAAUGGUUCUGGAAACUGGGUGGAUAUGACCCAGGUUUGGAUAUUUGGGGCGGAGAGCAGUAUGAAAUAUCAUUCAAGGUGUGGAUGUGUGGAGGACGGAUGGAAGAUGUUCCUUGCUCCAGAGUAGGGCACAUCUACAGGAAGUAUGUUCCCUACACCUUUCCAGGUGGAGGUGGCUUGCCUAGAAAUCUGAAAAGAGUUGCUGAAGUUUGGAUGGAUGAAUAUGCUGAGCACCUUUAUAAGCGAAAACCAGAAUUCCGACAUAUAUCUGCUGGUGAUGUGAAUCCACAGAAAGAGCUGCGGAAUUCCCUUAAUUGCAAAAGCUUUAAGUGGUUCAUGACAGAAGUGGCCUGGGAUUUGCCAAAAUACUAUCCGCCGGUGGAACCUUCAUCUAGUGCAUGGGGAGAGAUUCGUAAUGUUGGUACCGGCCUUUGUGUGGACAGUAAACAUGGGUCUUCUGGCUCACAGCUGAAACUGGAACCAUGUGUCAAAGAUGGUGAAGAAGGAUCUUGGUCACAUGAACAGAUAUUCACGUUGGGUUGGCGAGAAGAUAUUCGGCCGGGAGAUUCCUUACAUGCUAGAAAAUAUUGUUUUGACGCAGUUUCACAAAGCAGCCAAGUAACGCUAUUUGAUUGCCAUGGAAUGAAAGGAAAUCAACUAUGGAAGUACAAAAAGGGCAAGACUUUGUACCAUCCAGUCAGUAUUAGCUGCAUGGACUGCAGUGCAAAAGACAGAAACAUUUUUAUGAACACCUGUAAUCCUUCUUCUCCCACUCAGCAAUGGAUAUUUGAAAAUAUAAACUCAACAGUCUUGGAAUUAAUGAACAUCAAAGAUUUGUAGUGACUUUUAUUUAAAACAUUGAUAUGUAAUCAUUCAUUUUUUUAAAUUAAGAAUGUUUUUGAAGGGUUUUUUAUAGCUGAAUCCAGGUUUUUUUAUAAUAAUGGCUUUUUGGAAGGUUUAAUCUCAGGAAAGAACAGAUGGGGAAAGGUAUUUAUUAAUGAUGAUAUAAGACACUCUUGUUGUGGACCAGUGCUUGUAUGCUAAAAUAUAAAAACUUGAGCUAAUUUCCAGUGCCUUGCAAGUGAAAAGCAGAAGUACAAGUGACAAUGGUUCAGAUCACACUCUGGCAAUUGGCAGUCUCAUUAUUUAGUGAUUGAUUUCCUCAAUUAAUUAAAGCACGUUAUAACUUUGUAAAAAUUAAUGCAAGCAAUUACUUAAAUUAACUGAUGUCGUAUAGUUUUU